GAUUCGAACUUCCCUACGUACACUCUGACCCGAUGCCAUUUGCAGUGUGGCACCGAUAACUGCUGCAGCAGUACGAGGCAAUUCCUUGGAUUAAUCACUGCUCUACGAAGGCACAAAGAAUGGAAGAAGCUGAACUGCUGAAGGAAAGAUUUCAGGCCAUAACCGACAAAAGGAAACUUCAAGAAGAAAUCACUCAGAAACGCCUUAAAGUCGAGGAAGAAAAACUAAAACAUCAGCACUUGAAGAAAAAAGCUCUGCGUGAGAAAUGGCUCUGGGAUGGAUUAAAUACUCUGACUCCAAAAGAACAAGAAGAAAUGCAAAACCAGAAUCGAGAGGAUCAACAACGGAUGAAUGAGCUGGAACAAAAUAUCGUCAGACUUGAAAAAGAAAUUGAGGACCUUGAGAAAGAAGAACUGGCCAUCUCAGCUAAAGAAAAGGCCAUACUGAAGAAGCUUAAAUCGGUAGAAAGAACCACAGAAGAUAUUAUAAAGUCUGUGAAGGUGGAAAAAGUAGAGACUAAAGAAGAGCCACCUGACUACAUUUAUGCCAACAUACCUGACCUUCCAAAAUCUUUCAGGCCUUCUGCACUUAAAAGGACAGGGCAUCUAGAAGCAGAGGAGGAUGAAGAAAAGCGAAAAGCAUUGUUCGCUAUGGAAAUUAAAGUUGAAAAAGACCUGAAGACUGGAGAAAGCACAGUUUUGUCGACAAUACCACUACCGUCAGAGGAAUUUAAGGGCGCAGGAGUGAAAGUGUACGAUGACGGCAGAAAGUCGGUCUAUGCAGUGUGUUCCAAUGGAAGUGUCACAAACAAGGAAGUAGAUGACCUUGCGCCUGUUGAAGUGGAGGACCUCUUGAGGCAGGCAACAGAGAAACAAUCCAAGUCUCCCACUGAAUAUCACGAACCAGUAUAUGCAAACCAGUUUUGCAGGCCCACAACUCCCCAGAAUGAUAAGUUAGUCCAGGGACCAAAUAGCCAAAAAGGAGCUCUUCAAAACAAGACAAACAGCCUGGACUGUUUUUAUAAGGAACCUGCCUAUAAAAAAGAGCAACCAUUUAAAGAAAAUGGCCUAGAUUCUUCCAAGAGCUAUCGGCACAAUUCUCACUCUCCGGUCCUUCAACGAACACGAAGCCCACCACAGAUUAGCCCCCCAAACAAGAUGGCAACUAACGUUCAAAGAGAAAUUCUACAAGAGGCUGUUGAACCCUAUCAGAAGAUGGGAGAGAACCAACAAGGUAUAAAAUUCAGAAACUCUGUAAGUACCCAUGAAAGGCCUCCUUCAGGAACUCUGGAAAGUGAUGAAGGUUCUAGUUAUAGUGUGGUCCAAGCUGUGCCGUGUUACGUCGAUGAUACCGAACCCGUUACAAUGAUUUUCAUGGGUUACCAGCAUGUGGAUGAUGAAGAACUGAAUAAAACUGUCUGUGGGUAUGAUGGACUUAUCCAUGCAGAACUCGUCGUCAUUGACGAUGACGGCGAAGAAGAGGGCAGCAAGGAGGAGAGUCGAGCUGGAAAGCCUUUGUAUCAUCCAGUUGGUCCUUCUAGCCAGGUCUACCAGACCUCCAACCAAACAAGUGCAAUUCCACAGACAAACCCCAGCAAAACCACCAGUGACGGUGUAAAUGUGUCACCUUAUAAAAAUUCCAUAUCGCUCAAGGAGCAAGAAGAAAGUCUAAGCUGUGCUACCUACAAUGGUCAGAUCGAUGGCCGGUUAUCAGGUGAUGGAACAGAGGAUCCCUCCUUAACAGCUCUGAGAAUGAGAAUGGCAAAACUGGGCAAAAAAGUCAUUUAGGAGCUGCAGUGGUAUAAAUACUAAGUAUCUGCUGGUGUGAUGUGAAGCAGAAGAAGAGCUUUCUCCAUUUCGGACUUUGACGGCUUUCGCCUAUUCGAAAGAAGUAUACAUAAGAAUAAUGGCACCCUGCAGGAAAGUGAAUGGACCGCAAGUUGUGCUUCCAGCUACUCAACCCAAUCCAUAUGAAUUUAACUUCAAGUGCCUUCAAAAAUUUCUGAUAACAAAUGGACAUUUCUAAUAAAUGCUAUGACUAUGUAA